UAAAAGAGGAAGGGAAUCAUUACUGAAGAGAAUAGAAAUUUAAGACUGUAGUUGCUCAGUUAAAUAACAAUGACGGAAAAUGGAAGGUAUUUCGAGGGGGGUUUAAUACCGGGCUCAUUAGGAGAACUUGAAGAAUAAGUAUUAGAAUCCAAGAGAUGGCAGUAGUGCAAGAAUGCAUGCAAGCUGCCGUUAAAAUCGAAAGAAGAAGAGGAAGAAAAACUCCAUUCCGGGUUUUCCAACCAAUCUACAAAGAGAAACCCAAACAACCAAGUUGAAGUGUACGAGUUUCGGCAGGAAACACUCAAGAGAAAAAAUUAUGUAAUUGAACUCACGGAACAGGUGCUGGCGGUAAGGCAUUGCUCUGCUGUCCACCUUGAUUUACAGAGAAAACUCUCUAGAGUCUCUGCUUCCGGAGACCACCGUGUCGGACAUGUGCGCACUUCAAGAGAAGUUGGCGCGUGCACAGAAUGUUGAGUGAAGAUGUCGCAGGCUGUCACAGUGGGAAUAUAGUUUAUUUUAAUGGCGGUGACAAACACAUACGUUAACAGAGUGUAAAUAAUUAUGAAAAAUUUACUUUGAAAUAACAAUAUAGAAAGCUUAUCUGACUUUAGUCAUUUUAUUAGGGCUGCUCUCGACGAGUAACCGUCUUAAACAGCGAGCAUAUUCUUUGCUGCUGUGGAUAAAGUGAAGCUAACAGGAGCUCAGGGUAUAAUUAUAGGUGUAUACAAUGUAUUCGAAGAUAAGAAGAAGAUAUUUUUAUACCAGACUGAAACUCUUUCACACUGACAAGAGUCUCGCUGCCAGACGGAGUUUUCAUUUAAAGAUGUUGACGUUCCUGCUCUUUGUGACUGUCAUCUGGAUGUUUUUAAAGUCCGGUAACAUCGCAUGGCUCUGGUUUCAAGAUCAAAGUCAGCAUCAUCAUGCUGAUAAAAGACAGCAAGAUCUGCAUAAUUCUGAGGAUACUGCGUUGUGUCGUCGUCCUCAUCAGAAAAGUUCUGUCACGCCAUUUUUGUCUACCAAGACCAAACUCUCAGAGAACGUUUUCAAAUGGUGGAAGCAUCUACAGAAGGAACGAGGCAACUUCAGUUAUUAUGAAGAAAUGGUGAAGAAGCUUUUUGAGAUAUUCCCACCCAUCCCCCAUCUUGGAAAACCACCACUGCACAAGUGUUCGACUUGUGCAGUGGUGGGGAAUUCUUUUAAUCUGAAAGGUUCAAAUUACGGAACUCUUAUAGAUUCCAAAGACAUAAUUAUAAGAAUGAACUCUGCCCCAACCAAAGGCUAUGAAGAAGAUGUGGGCACCAAAACAACGCAUCGUGUCAUGUAUCCAGAGAGUGCAGUUGACUUGGACAACAGUACUCAUCUUGUACUGGUUCCAUUUAAGAUACUCGACAUAGAGUGGCUAAUCGGGGCCUUUACAACAGGGUUUCAUGGAAAAUCCUAUGCACCAAUAAAACCCAGAAUUCAUGCCAACAAAGAUUUGGUGAUUGUGAUCAGUCCAGCUUUUAUGAAGCACGUCCAUCAAAUGUGGCUAAACGAGAAAGGAAGGUAUCCUUCCACUGGGUUUAUGACUGUGGUUCUUUCACUUCACAUUUGUGAUGAGAUUAAUGUUUUUGGAUAUGGGGCAGACCGCUUCGGAAAAUGGAGCCAUUACUUUGAAACACUGAAAGACAAAAACUUCAAAACAGGACAACAUCCUGGACGACAGGAGUAUAAAAUACUUCAAAAGCUGAAUUUUGAAAAAGUAGUGAAACUUUACCGUGGGGCGUGAAUUCAUCUCCUGAAACAGACAUGACGUAAGAGAGUUGUAGAAAAAAAGGCUGAGUGAAUCAGUCCUUACAGAUUAUUCAGUGUUACUGUGUCCAUUAAACCUCAAAUGUAAGUUAAAAAAUGUGAUUGCUUAGAAGAAAGGGUCUCAAAAUGAUCACCAGAUACCAGUGUUAAAAAGAAGCCUUUAGCCUGUCACUCCUUUAUCCAUGAAAGAUGUUUCUUUACCACUCUAAUGUUGACAUUAGUGCCACCUGCAGGCUGUGGUUGGUAAGUCCCAGAGAUGGUGUAGAAGCAGAUCUUCAAAACAGAAGAAAAAGGGGGGUUAAAAAUACUGAGUGGUGGAGCUUGUGUUUGAAUCUAAAGGUGCUCUUACAUUGUUUCUUAUAUUUACAUUUAUGUUGAUGUACAGCGGUCUCCCUCCUUCUUCCAGCUCAGUAUUCUCAAAUGUAAAUUUGGAAAUUUGUCUGUGGGAUGUGACUGCACUAUUCACUUAGUACAGGUGCACCUCUGGGCCGUGUGCUUAGACCCCUUUUCUACUUACUCUACUCCAACUAUUUUACUAUUUACCCCAUCAAACUGUGAUCAAGUUCACAGAUGACGCCACUGUGAUUAGAAUCAACUCAGGAGACAUUUAAUCUAGAUAUCAGCAGAAUGUAAUUCUUUGUAGUAAUUUAAACAAUAAUGGGUCUGGCUUGGAGCAAAAGAACAAAGUUUUUAGAAACAAUUAUUUCUUUAUUUACCACUGGGACAAAAGUAGCAAUGCGGCGGAAGAUGAAUAUUACUUUGUCAUUUACCGUCCUCUGUAUUCUGAUUUAAGAUUUUCUUUAUUACUCUACACCUUCUUUUUCUUUGGUAAAGGGAUGCACAGCCUUUACUGUGGAUCUCAUUGCAAAAUGCAUAAACCAGUUUAUUGUGGCUCAGAAAGGGUUUGCUGGAAACUUUUUGUUUCCUUUUUCCAUUUAAGUCCCAAUUGUUGAAAAACAUGAUCUCAUUCAGCAGACAUGUGCCUAACAUUUUCCUUCAAUACAAAGACGUAUUCACUGUUUCAACGCUGAUAGCAAUGCUAUGAGAAUUCAAGGUCGAUACACAUUCCUUGUUGAACGGGUGCAGAGGAAUUAAUGAUUAAAGUAAUAUAAUCGUUAAUUUCUCACCAUCAACUCUGAUAGUGAAGCUAUCAGAGUUGAAACCUUUGCUUGUGUGACCAAGUCGCACAUUGAUUUGGUCAACAUGUCAGCAGUACUGAGCAACAUCCUCGGCACGGUUUGCUUUUUCCGUAGACGUCAAUCCUCUGACACAUCACUGUCACCCUGUCAACUGACUUGUUACAUUUUUGUGAGCAAUUUUGUUACAUUGGCAAAACUUUAGAUCAUGACAGCCAGCUAUCUGUUACACACACUUAAGUUGCACAUAAAUUUCUACAUUUGAUCUCAGAACUAUGCAGAAUUUAUUUACUUAUUUUUUCUUCUGGUUUUGUGAAUGUGCCAAAGAAUCAUCAUGGAAAGAUCAAAAUGCAAAUGGUAAAUAACCAGGUGAUCAGAAAAAAGCACUUUUUAAUCGGUGAAAGCCAAAAUGUUAAAUAAAAAUAAUGUUUAAAAAUAA